UCCUUUCGAAUAUAUGGAAAGAGACAGAAGAGAGAGAAGUCGGUGGCAUCGUUGAUAAGUCUUGGAUUUCGAUCUCCUUCCUCCCUCGUUUACCCUUCCCAUAAUUGUAGUGUUAGGUUUUGGGUUUGAGAAGAACCGGUGAGAGUCUCCAGAUCGAAUCCUCUCCGGAGAGACGAGAAGAAGAGAAGCAGCUCAAACGGAGUAGAAGAAAGGUUAGGGCUCUUCAUAUCAGCUCGAGAGCUCUCGAAAGAUCUCAAUUUUAGGGUUUUCUUUUUUGGAUCCGGGAUCUCGGAGGGAAAUGGGGGAGGAGAAGAGAUCGUUGCGGACUUUGCCGUGCGACUACUGCGGAGAGGCCGCGGCGGUGCUCUACUGCCGCGCCGACGCUGCCCGGCUCUGCCUGCCGUGCGACCGCCACGUCCACGCCGCCAACUCGCUGGCGUGCAAGCACGUCCGCUCCCUCGCCUGCGACAACUGCGGCGCCCAUCCCGCCGCCUCCCGCUGCGCCGCCGACGGCCUCGCUCUCUGCCUCGACUGCGACGGGGACGCCCACGGAGGUGGGGGCGGCGCCGUCCACCCCAGGACCCCCCUCGAGGGCUUCUCCGGCUGCCCCUCCGCCCUCGACCUCGCCGCCUCGUGUGGCGUUGAUCUCGCGGCCAAGGAGGCCGCCUCCCCUCCCCUCUCCACCCCCGACCAGCUGUUCUCGAACUGGUCCUCGCUAGAUUCGAUUCUGGCCGGAGAUCAGGUGUCCCGGGAUCUGUACGUGCCCUGCACCCCGUAUAUCCCCUCCGGGGCCAAGCUCCACAAGAGCCCGGUCGGAAAGAAGGCGCUUUUCCAGCAGCUGACGGAGCUGGCCAAGAGGGACUCGGCGGGGGCCUCGAUGCCGUCGAACCCGGGCCCCAGAUUGCAUUGUGGGAAGGCAGCCGGCGGGAACAAAGACAUGCGGGGCUCCUCGCAGCCCAUGCCGUACACUUCCCUGCUCAUGCUGGCUCCCGCGGAGUGCUCUGAGCUGAAUAAGCUUGUGGAGGAUGAGGAUCUGCUGUGGAAUUGCGGUCUGACAGAUCGCUCAGCUCAGAUAUGGGAUUUAAACUUAGGAAGAUCAAGGGAUCAUGAUGAGCCUUCUGCACUUGAAAUUGGAUAUGAUACAAACAGUGGAGGUUUUAUGAUCAAAAAUUACAAUGAUCUUCUCAAAGAAAAUACCUUUGCAACUACAAAACUCUUGGAAGACAUAUAUGAUACAAAUUGCCCUUUGGCAAAUGAGGAUAUCUCGUCUUCUAAUAUCUGCCACAUACCAUCUCAAAAUCUGAGCACAGUAAACACAACCAGCAAGUGGAAUAAUAAUUCUAAUAAUUCAGCCACCAAUGGACCAACAGACUCUGGAAAUGAUGCAUCAACUACAGUUAGGCCUUUGUGUUUGGCUUCACAUAAUUCUGGACCUGGUGGCAAUGCAAGACAAAUAUCUUUUGGAGAACAGCCCCUUCUAGGUAAUGAAACAGUGAAAGAAACCAAGAAAGUUGACAGUGAGUUGCUGGCCCAGAACAGGGGCAUUGCCAUGCUACGGUACAAAGAAAAAAGGAAAACUCGCAGAUAUAAUAAGCAUAUCCGCUAUGAGUCCAGGAAGGCAAGAGCAGACACCAGAAAACGUGUAAAGGGUCGUUUUGUGAAGUCUACUGAUGCUGUACAUCUUGGAAAUGGUGGUUAGAUGGGUCUCUGAUGGAGCCAUCUUGGUAUAUCACUUCUUUUUGUCUUUGUUUUUAUGUCUUCCAUGAAUUUGUUUAGAGAGCAGCAAUUUCCUAUAUAUGGUAUUUGUUGUAAUGCAGAUUCAUCUCUUUCAUUAAUUUGCCCUUACAGAAGUAACUGGGCUUUGUUGAACUUCUGGGUAAAUGUAAUUUCGCAAUCACAAAACAUUGGUUAUAAAGAUGGGACUGCCUUUUGUGUA